AUGCGAAUGAUCUCCUAUAAUGAUCUACGUGAAUGGCCGUCCGUUAUGUUAAAAGAAGGUCAUGAAUGUAGUGCAACAGCACGUGUACAGAAUCCAGAAGAAGGUUGUUUUAUAUUAAAUCAUGAUACACCAACAUUAAAUAGACAAACAGCAUAUAAUACAUCAAAUGACUUACUAAAAUUUAUAAUGGAUCCAUUGUACAAAUAUUGGUUUGCAAAUCCAAAUCAAACAGUAUAUAUUGCAUUAUGUUUCAAAUUUGAUAUAAGUUCACAUGCAGAUCUGUUUAUGCAUACAUAUGCACUUAAAUGUAUGGAAGAGAAGAAACACGCAGAAUAUGACUUCAUUGUCGUUGGUUCUGGUCCAGGUGGAGGAAUUGUAGCCAGUCGGCUUGCUUUACGUGGCUUCAAAGUACUUGUAAUUGAGGCUGGACCCGAUUACAAUACGACAAACGCAACGAUUCCUUUUUUUGCACCAUUAGCUGAGAAUGAUCCAAUUAUUGGAUGGGACUUCGAACCAUAUACGUAUAACACAUCAAUUAACCAAACGAUACUAUAUCCAAGAGCAAGUACUGUUGGAGGAUGUUCAAGACAUAACACAUUAAUUGCAUUUGCACCAAAUCCAUUUGAUUGGGAUGAUAUUGGACAGAUUACUGGAGAUGAAUCAUGGAAUUAUAAAAAUAUGAAAAAGUAUUGGAAGUUAGUUGAAAAUUACGAAUAUGAUACAGCUUAUGCAAAUGUCAGUCAGGAUAAAUUCAACGGUUGGCUCGAUGUAACACAAAACAUUGAAAGAUUACCAGGAUUGAAAACAAAUCCAGUAUUAGCAAGUCUGAUUACUACAAUUAAUGAUCAGUUAAAAUUUACUCCUGAUGUCAGUCGUAACAACAACGCUGAUAGCUGGUUCUAUUUACCUCAGUCUGUUAGUCAAACGACGGGCUCAAGACAAGACGCCUAUGUUCGUCUUAAACAAGUUCAAAAAACAAAGUAUGGUUCUAAUCUACUAUCCAUUUCAAAAUAG